AACAUCUGCGAAAAUGGAACCUAUUAUAAAAAUGGAGGGUAUUAUAAAAGAUGAAAUUGAUAACGACGACAGAUUAAAAGAAGAUGAGAAAAUGGAACCUAUUAUAAAAAUGGAGGGUAUUAUAAAAGAUGAAAUUGAUAACGACGACAGAUUAAAAGAAGAUGAGAAUGACAAUGAAAAUGAAGAAAAGACGAUAUCAAAGGUGUAUCUCCCAGGACAGAUUUUGGAAGAGGGAGAAGAACUUGUCGUCGACAAGUCGGCAUAUAGGUUACUACAUCAAGCACAAUCAGGCGCACCAUGUCUGAGUUUUGAUAUAUUGCCCGAUGAUUUGGGCAAUUCAAGGGAAAAUUAUCCCAUAACUAUGUACAUAGUUGCUGGAACACAAGCUGCACAUGCUCAUGUUAAUAAUGUUCUUGUCAUGAAGAUGUCUAAUUUACACGGUAUUAAGCAGCACUCAGAAGAUUCAGAGAGUGAAGAAUCAAAUGAUUCAGAAGAUGAAAGCGAAGACUGUAAUCCAGUAAUGAGUGUUGCACCAAUAAGACAUCAAGGGUGCAUUAAUAGAAUAAGAUGUGCAAAAGUUUAUGAAGUACCUCUAGCUGCUAGUUGGAGUGAAUUGGGACGUGUAAAUAUAUGGGAUUUACGAGAGCAGUUAAACGCCAUUGAGAAUCCUGCUUUGCUUGCUACAUAUCGUAACAAAUACAACAAAGAAAAAGGUGGAGGUGUUACACCAUUAUUCACAUUCAAAGGCCAUUUAUCUGAAGGAUUUGCCUUAGACUGGUCUCCAAUGAAACCUGGCAACUUAGCGUCUGGUGAUUGUAAAGGCAAUAUUCACAUAUGGCAAAUUGGUACUGACAGUCCAACAUGGCAGAUAGAUCAAAGGCCAUUCAAUUCACAUGCACCACAUAGUGUGGAAGAUUUGCAGUGGUCGCCAUGUGAAAAAGAUGUGCUUGCAUCAUGUUCAGUGGACAAAACCAUAAAAAUUUGGGACACGCGAGCGAGUCCACACAAAGCAUGCAUGCUGACAGCAUCUGGUGCUCAUCAGGCAGAUAUCAAUGUAAUUUCAUGGAGUCGGAUCGAAAGCCGGUUUAUAGUGUCUGGAGGAGACGAUGGACUGCUCUGUAUAUGGGACCUACGACUUCUCAGUUCUAGUAGAGCGGACCCGAUAGCCACUUUCAAACAUCACACAGCGCCCGUUACCACUGUAGAGUGGCAUCCUACAGAAAGCACAGUGUUUGCCUCGGGAGGUGCUGACAAUCAGAUCGCCCAAUGGGACUUAUCUGUAGAAACAGAUUGCUUAGAAACAGAACAAAACGACGAAUUAACCAAGCUGCCACCACAGUUGUUAUUCAUACAUCAGGGUCAGUCAGACAUAAAAGAGUUGCAUUGGCACCCGCAAUGUCCAGGAACUAUGAUAUCAACUGCGCAUUCAGGCUUCAAUAUAUUCCGUACGAUUAGUGUCUAAUAUAUUUAUGCUUAAUUCGAUGCGACGCACAUGUUGAUAUAUUUUGCAAAAUAUAUUUGUGCAAUCUCUAUCUCUUUUAUUCAGUUUCCUUUUGAAGAUUAUAUAUAUAUAUAUAUAAUGUGUAUGUAUAGUCAGGCUGAG